AUGAGCAGCCAGGCCCUACUCAGGCUUCUGGAACUGGUCAGUCAGAGCCUGCUGAGGGAGAAGGUGGUGGCCAUCGCAGCACUGGAGGAGCUUCCUAUGGAGCUCUUCCCACCACUGUUCAUGGCAGCCUUCAUCAGGAGACACUGUGAGGCACUGAAGGCCAUGGUGCAGGCCUGGCUCUUUGUCUGCCUCCCACUGGGGACACUAGUGAAGGAUCAGUGGCUUCACCAGGAGACCUUACAGGCUGCAUUCAAUGGGAUUGAUGACCAGCUUGCCCAGAAGUUUCACCCUAGUCUAGAUCCUGACCCUUCUGGAUACACAACCCAUGUUUUCUCAUUGAUGGAGCCAGGGGCAGCCAAUCCUUUGACUAAGAGGCAAAAAGUGGAGAGUUCCAGGGUGGAGGAGAAGAAGCCCUCAGCUCUCCUGGAGGUGCUCCUGGACCUUUGCCUCAGGGAGGGUACCCUGGAUGAAUUCCUCACCUACCUCAUUAAGAAGGACAAGCAGAGGAAAGAUUUAAUACAACUGUGCUGUAAGAAACUCAUGAUUUUUGCCAUGCCAAUCCAAAAUAUUAGGAAGAUCCUGAAGACAGUACAACUGGAGUCAGUCCAGAAUUUGGAGGUGAAUUGCACCUGGAAAGUGUCCACCCUGGGGAGGUUUGCUUCUCAUCUGGGCCAGAUGGUUAAUCUGUUCAGGCUCCUCCUCUCCCACAUCCACGUAUCUUCUAAUAUGUCUACAGUGAAGGAAGAGCUGUAUGUUGGCCAGUUUACCUUCCAGCUCUUCCAUCUGCAGCAUCUCUGGGUGCUCCAUUUGGACUCUGUUGCCUUUCCGGAAGGUUGCUUUCUGGAAGGUUCUCAGGCCUCUACAUGCUGUAAUGAGGAGACUCCUCUCAUGGCUGAAAGCAGUCUCCCUGUUGAUAGUUGA